GGCCUCUGGUAAAAUUCAUAGUAACUGGUGAAAGCUUUGGAACGAGAUAAAUUUACUGUGAGAAGCUUCACUUUGUGAAAGUAAUAUCGCAGUUAGGCUUACUUUAGCCUAAGACCAGAUUUUAAAUGUUAGUAUUAACAUUACUCAAAAAGUAAAGCCAACAGAAAAGAAAGUAACCUGGAACUUUAGAGAAGAUGACAAGACAUUCACGAUCUCGAUCUAAAAGCCCUGUUUCCAGCCAUCAUUUAUCCAGAAGUCAAAGAGAAAGUGCAUACAAUAAAAGUGAAAAUAAUACAUCUUCUCUUCAUUAUGUGAAAGAUAAGGGGUGUGCCAGUAACAUGAAAAGAAAUUUCAGCUCCAGAUAUGAUUCUGAAGAUGGAAAUGACCAUAUUAGAAAGAAAUCCAAGUACAACAUGGAAGGUCAAAGAACUUCAUCUCAUAAAACAGAAUUUUCAUCAGAGCCCCACACACGCAAAAAUACUUAUUCUGACGUUAGCAAACAUAUGCAAGCCUAUCACAGAGAAAAGACAAAUGCACUUAGUGAAGAAUUUAUCAACAGGAGAAGAAAAGAAAGAGAAAGAAUUGGUGAAAUUGGUGUCAAAGAUGUCUGGGGGCAUUCUCCUGAAAGGCAACCUGAGAAUAUAUCUGAUGAUAGUUCCCAGGAAAGAUCCCCAAACAAAGAAAAAUCUUUGUCUGAUACAGAUUCAAGCUCAAGUAUGGUAUAUUUAGUAAUUCUUUUCACUUACUUGUGUUUAGUUUCAGUGAAUUGAUGUUUUACAGUAAAACAAGAUUCUGUUGUGGCUUGAUAGGAAUACACAGUAUGGAAUGAUUCUGACUUAUAUUAUGGAAAGAGUAAUUGUUAAAGAUACAUCACAUUGCUUUUUUAUUAAGAGUCCAUUUUGAUAAAAAGGCAUCUUUAUAUACAUAUUGAAAGUUAAUUUAUUGCACCAUUCUAUUUAAGUUUAUGACAUUUAUAUUAAUUGUACAGUUGUUUAAGACAUGCAGUAAGAGUAUUUUAUACAUGCCUUUUGGUCAUGCAAAUAGGGACCUUUGCCAAGGUACUUGUCACUUUUUUAGAGCAAUACCCUUGAUCAAAAGGUAUUAGAUAGAGAAGUAAACAUAAAAGUAUGUUUCAGUGUAACAAAGCACUGUAUGCUGUUUUGAUUUCAUAACAUCAAUAUUUAUUACAGUGUAUGCAAAAAAAAAUUAAAAUUGUGUUUA